CAAAGCAUUUUUAAUUACUUAAAAAUGUUGUGUUGGAUCAGUGUUCAAGAAAGAUGUGUUAUGUUUGGUUUAUGGUACACCAGCACAGAUCCCAGUUUGUAAUAGGCAGCCCUAUCUAAUUUAAUAGCACUGGAAGGCUUCACCAGCUUUUGUUCAUAACGAUGAUGAAGUAUCUAAAAAUAAAGAUUAAUGGCUGUGCAGCAUAUUUUGAUAAGAAUGUAUGGAAGUAAAUAUUUUAGAAAGGAUAUAAAUAUAUUAAAAGUACUGUGGUUGAUCAAAUAAGACUGCCACUAUCUGAAAAGCUUAACUAUAUUCUCAGACUUCUUAUUUGUACCCUUUCUGGGGUACAAAUUGUACCACUGUUCUGGAAAUUGAAACUAAAUACAACUCUGCACAUUCUUUUUUAAAAAUGUGAUAUAAGAAUAAUUUCUGCCAGAAAAUAAUAAUUGCACCUUUUUUUUUUUUUGACUACCUAUUAUGUGACAAGAUUUGGCCCUUUUCAUGUGUUGAUUUUAAUUCUUACAGCAAUUCUUAGGUAUUACUAUCUCUGUUUUUCAGAUGAAAAAAAGCAAGGUCCGGAGAAGUGGAUUUACUAACUCUGGUCAUGGUGGGCUUUAAUUAGAACUUAGCACUGUGCAAACUCAAAGUUCAUCUUCCCUCCACCCCUGCACAAUCUUUUUCUCUGAUCAGAGGGCUAAUGAAGCACAGUCUUAAAAGUUGAUUAACACAUUUGACAAGAAUCUUUUGCACUUCUGUUUUGGGCAUAGUACUUUGUUUGGAAAGGCAUUGGGUUCUGUAAGCAAGUGCUGAUCUUAAUAUAUUUCUCAAUCACCACCCCCUUACCUUUUGUACUUGUCUGAGUUGUCUUAUUUGAAAAUAUGAUUGGGUUUUCUUUACUAUGAGAAUUAGUGGUGAGAGGAAACAGUCAUGAAGAUAUUUACUUAUUUAUUUGUAAGCAACAUAUUCUGUUCCACCUUUAUUAAUCCUAAAUGUACUAAGGUAAAUCUUGAACAGUUUGAAAGAGAUGAUUCUUUCUAAGUUUUUUUGCACAGUCUGUUUUCAUUAUUCAGAAAAGCAAAAUGAAAACAAAACUAUCAUAAAAGCCAUCAUCAAGGGAUAACCACUGUUAAUAUUUUGGCUUAUGUUCUUGUAAGUAUGUGGUUGGGAGUGGUAUAUGAAUGUACAUUUAAAGUAAAAUUUCUGGGAUUUUGAACUUCUGAGUACAUGUAUGGAAGAGUUGGCAGAAGGCCUUCUUUUUCCUAGUAUCCUUACACCCAUCACCUCUGCUUGAAGUCUGGGUGCAGGAGAGCUACCAAAUUUAUCCCUGGCCUUUAGCUAGUCUGGGUUUUUUCCCUCAAUUCCUUGUAUUUAGCUCUAAUUUAUAAGAUUACUAAAUCUAUCUUUUGUAGCUUUGUCAAUCAUGUUGUACCAUACAGUAGAGAGAAAUCUUAAUAAAUAAGGAAAAAUAACUUGAAGAGAGCAACUACAGAGUCUAUAGGUAACCUAGAUAAAAUCUCUUAAUUAAAAUUUAAAAAUCAUCAGUCUUUCAUUCAACACCAAUGUUCUAAGUCAUUGCUGAGGUGAAUUUGGUUAGAUCCCAGCCCAGAAGAACAUACCAUCUAACAGAGAAAGCAGACACAUAAACAGUAAAAUAUAACAAUUGUUAGAAGAAUGACUAGGUGACAUUUUGAAGCAAAAGAGAUGACUGUCAGGGAAGCUAACAGUGCCUUUUGAAUUGGGCUUGAAGAAAUAAUAGGCAUUUAACAGGCGUUCUUUAAGGAAUAGAAGAUGAACAAACCCAUAACACCAUCAACAUAUGUGCGCUGCCUCAAUGUUGGACUAAUUAGAAAGCUGUCAGAUUAUAUUGAUCCUCAAGAAGGAUGGAAGAAGUUAGCUGUAGCUAUUAAAAACCCAUCUGGUGAUGAUAGAUACAAUCAGUUUCAUAUAAGGAGAUUUGAAGCAUUACUUCAAACUGGAAAAAGUCCCACUUCUGAAUUACUGUUUGACUGGGGUACCACCAAUUGCACAGUUGGUGAUCUUGUGCAUCUUUUGAUCCAAAAUGAGUUUUUUGCUCCUGCGAGUCUUUUGCUCCCAGAUGCUGUUCCCAAAACUGCCAAUACACUGCCUUCUAAAGAAGCUGUAACAGUUGAGCAGAAACAGAUGCUUUUCUAUGACAAAGACAGGACAUUGAUGACACCUGCGAAGAAUCUUGGACAAAGCUAUAUGCCACCUGACUCUUCAAGUCCAGAAAAUAAAAGUUUAGAAGUUAGUGAUACACGCUUUCACAGUUUUUCAUUUUAUGAAUUGAAGAAUGUCACAAAUAACUUUGAUGAACGACCCAUUUCUGUUGGUGGUAAUAAAAUGGGAGAGGGAGGAUUUGGAGUUGUAUAUAAAGGCUACGUGAACAACACAACUGUGGCAGUGAAGAAGCUUGCAGCAGUGGUUGACAUUACUACUGAAGAACUGAAACAGCAAUUUGAUCAAGAAAUAAAAGUAAUGGCAAAGUGUCAACAUGAAAACUUAGUAGAACUGCUUGGUUUCUCAAGUGAUGGAGAUGACCUCUGCUUAGUAUAUGUUUACAUGCCUAAUGGUUCAUUGCUAGACAGACUGUCUUGCUUGGAUGGUACUCCACCACUUUCUUGGCACAUGAGAUGCAAGAUUGCUCAGGAUGCAGCUAAUGGCAUUAAUUUUCUACAUGAAAAUCAUCAUAUUCAUAGAGAUAUUAAAAGUGCAAAUAUCUUACUAGAUGAAGCCUUUACUGCCAAAAUAUCUGACUUUGGCCUUGCACGGGCUUCUGAGAAGUUUGCCCAGACAGUCAUGACUAGCAGAAUUGUGGGAACAACAGCUUAUAUGGCACCUGAAGCUUUGCGAGGAGAAAUAACACCCAAAUCUGACAUUUAUAGCUUUGGUGUGGUUUUACUAGAAAUAAUAACUGGACUUCCAGCUGUGGAUGAACACCGUGAACCUCAGUUAUUGCUAGAUAUUAAAGAAGAAAUUGAAGAUGAAGAAAAGACAAUUGAAGAUUAUAUUGAUAAAAAGAUGAAUGAUGCUGAUUCCACUUCAGUAGAAGCUAUGUACUCUGUUGCUAGUCAAUGUCUUCAUGAAAAGAAAAAUAAGAGACCAGACAUUAAGAAGGUUCAACAGCUGCUGCAAGAGAUGACAGCUUCUUAAAACUUCAUGGGGCUCGACUCUUGACUUUUUAUACACACCUGUCUCAACCAUUUUUUCAAUUAAUUUUUUUCAUAAAUAUUCUUCUUUAUCUUUAACAAAGCAGCCUAGCGCAGGACAGUAGUUAUUAAAGCAUAGGUUGAACGUCCACUAAAGCAUAGGUUGAACGUCCAACAUACAAAAAUAGAACCAUCACAUCAACACUUAGCCCUACCCAUUAGUAUCACCCUCAGUUCUUUGAGUAAUCCCUGCAACAUCUCUUUCAAGUAUCACCAAACUCAGUU